AUGAUGAAAGAUGUCACUGGUCGCGAUGUGUUAUUUGGUAGUAAAACUAUGGUUUUCGGAGGAGAUUUCCGCCAAACAUUACCAGUUGUGACAAGAGGCUAUAAGGAAGAUAUUAUUAGUGCAAGCUUAGUUAUGUCACCUAUAUGGCAACAACUAACAAAGCUAAGGCUAAAGGAAAAUAUACGAGCUCAUUUAGAUAAGAACUUCAGCAAUUUUCUACUUCGAAUUGGUGAUGGUACAGAAAUAUCAAAUCAUAUGAAUGAAGUCAAGAUCCCAACACCAAUAAAUAUACCCUUUGUAGAUGAUGCUUCAUCAGUAGAGACUUUGGUAAGUAUGGUAUUCCCAGAUAUGAAGGCAUUCAGUAAUAAUCCAUCGUCGAUUGUUAAUAGAGCUAUCUUGAUGACACGAAACAAUUUUGUGCAUGAAAUCAAUGAUAUGCUAAUCGACAAAUUCCUAGGUCCACAAAGAACAUAUCUAAGUUUUGAUGAAACUCUUGAUGCAUCGCACCAACUGGAAAACCAAGAUUUUCUGAAUACACUUAAAGGAUUGCCUCCACAUGAGUUGAAACUUAAGAAGAACUGCCCUGUCAUGUUUAUCCGAAAUAUAAAUCCAAGUGAAGAACUUUCAAAUGGCAUACGACUUAUAUGCAAAGAGUUUGGAAAUAAUGUCAUUUAG